CGCGCAGUCUGCCCGCGGUGACACAGUCAUGAUGGCCGCUGUGCGUCGGUUUCUGGCUCUUCGAAACAAGUUCACCAGCUCUACAAACGGUUUAAGCCUAUCCUUUAACAGCAGGCAGUCAUCGAGGGAAAGAGCAGUUCUGAGGCGUGUAGGGACAGGGCUGUGUAUCACUGUCGGCGGAUUCGCUGUUGUUUACUACAAUUCGAGUCCGGAUCGGGGGCACGCAUCUAGUCUGCGUGCAUUGAUUUCUCCGCUCCCAGCCGUGGCUGCAAAAGAGAAGGCCAGUGCAUCUGCUGAAGAUGAAGAGGUUUUGAUGUCAGCUCAUGAGCACAGGUUCAGGCUCUUCAGUUCACUGGAGUAUGAAGGACAGCUUUACAUGACUCCCCUCGACUUUAUCGAGUCCAUCACUAUGAGCGAACCAAAGAAAAAGAGGUUUUGGAGAUCCCUCACGAAACAGGAUCUAGACAAGAUUCUGUCAGAUACGCCACCUGUUUGGAAAGGAUCAUCCAGUUUGUUCCGAAACCUGCGGGAAAGAGGUGUCAUCGCUUACACAGAGUAUCUGUUUCUGCUUUGCAUUUUGACAAAGCCGCAUGCAGGUUUUAAAAUAGCUUUCAACAUGUUUGAUGCAGAUGGAAAUGAAAUGGUGGAUAAGAGGGAAUUCAUGGUGCUGGAGGAGAUAUUCCGUAGGAAAAAUGAAAAGAAAAAAGAGCGGGCAGGAAAUCCUGACAGUUCCUCUCAACUGAGUGUGGAACUGUAUGGACAUCAAGGAUCUGUUACCAGCAAUGUACUUAAAAAAGAGCAGCUUCAGUCUGAACCCAGAAGUUUCUGGGAUGUUCUAAGGCAUGGUGCGAGAAUAGUUCUCUUUUCAGAUCUGAUGGAGCACGAAACAGAAAAUGUCGUCGACACAACUCUGCUGGUGCAUUUCUUUGGAAAAAAGGGCAAAAGUGAACUUAACUUUGAUGACUUCUACAGAUUCAUGGACAACCUGCAGACAGAAGUCCUUGAGAUUGAGUUCCUCAGUUAUUCCAAGGGUAUGACCACCAUCAGUGAGGAAGACUUUGCUCGUAUCCUGCUGCGCUACACCACAGUGGAGAACAUUACAGGCUAUCUUGAGAAUGUGCGUCAAAGCAUACCCGAUGAGAAGGGCAUCAUGUUUGAAGAGUUUAGGUCCUUUUUUCAGUUUCUCAACAACUUAGAGGAUUUUGCAAUUGCCAUGCAAAUGUACAACUUUGCAAAUCGCCCAAUUGGACAAGAUGAGUUUGCACGUGCGGUCUAUGUGGCCACUGGCCUGAAGCUGUCACGACACCUCGUCAACACUGUUUUUAAGAUCUUUGAUGUGGACCAUGAUGACCAGCUCAGCUACAAAGAGUUCAUUGGGAUAAUGAAGGACCGGCUGCAUCGUGGCUCCUGGGGAUAUAAUGGUGAAGAGAGAUUCACAUCCUUUAAAGCCUGUAUGAAGAAGGAGCUCACUGCCAAAUAGGUGAAAGUCCCGUUGAGUGUUUCUCUUCACCCUCACAUCACACUGAAGAAAUCUCAAGUUGGAUUAAAGCUCUCAGUGACUCGACGCAAUUAUCUACCUGACAUGUGUCAAACUCUGUAAGAUACAAAUUCAGCCAGAAUUAGAUUUACACAUGCUACCUCCUUAGACUGUAGUUGCAACUUUGUCACUCGGCUGGCACUUUCUGAACUCUUUAAAAGCCAUUAACUAAAAGGGAUAACACUUAUGAAUGAAAUAGCCAUAAUACUUUUAUUAAUCAAAGUUAUUUAUUAAAGGUCUUAUACAUUUAAAUGGGUCAAGUGCCCACAUUUUGGGAUAAAUUAUGUUGAUUAAUGAAUUACAAAGUAGUGUCUUCAUUCAUGAUGACAUAUUAUUUAAAGGGAACUGUGUUGAAAUGAAAAUGGGAAUGUUGAUGGAGUGUACAGUUAUUUAUUCUAAUUAUCUAUCUAUUUUGUGUAAAGAAAAUGUUUUUGCGGGUUUUAAUGCCUCUGUAGUGCUGUAUUGGCAAUGCAUUGUUAUAUUUGCUUCUGUAGGAGUUAUAAGCCAGAUAAUCUUUGCUUACAAUGAGCACAUUGCUAAAAUAGUUUCUCUGAGCUUGUCCCCUGCCCACCACCCAGAUCAGCUUACAAGGGUCUGACAGUGCUGAGUGCACACAGUAAUAAUGAGUCCUCAGUCAUCUCACAAUGUGCUACACAUACAGAUCCCUCUCUCCCGCUCUUUCAUGAGUUUCUUACAGUGCCGCUCCUUUAAGAAGCAUCUUGUGAAGCCAGAACAACAAACGAGAAGAAACUGAAUCCCACUGAACUCUUACCAGGCCCGAUUUCAUGUAGGUUUCGAGAUUGGACAUCAAUCUCUGUUAAUCAUGUUAGAACAGUCUCAAAUUACUUGUCUUCAGAAUAUUGACAGUGCUUUAGACUUUAGUUAUUUCCCAUUAUUCUUUGAGGUGAUUAAGCAUAUUACAGUUUUCUGCAUAAUACAGUGUGCAGUUUUUGUUACCAUUGUGAUACAUAUAUAAUGGAGACCAGGGCUAGUUGUCACACUUUACUCCAAUGGAUAUCCAAUGGAUAAUUCUCAGGGUAUGUUUAUUUUUUUUAAGUCAACAUUUGUGCAGAUAUUUUAAAGCCUUGGCUGCAAAAAGCCUUUUGAACAUUAUCACCAUUAUUGCCCAGGAAACUGAACACAUAUUGACCUAGCAGUGCAUGGUGUCAUAUACAAGGUUAGCUGUUAUUAUGCAACCUUUUUUUCCCUUUCUAAUUUAUUCUAAUUAAAGAACCAGCAUAAAACAA